CGUCGGUCGGCCGGCCGAGCGAGACGGCGCAUGUGGCCACGCGGCCGGGCGAGCGGGGACACGGGACGGCACAGACGCUCUCGGACAUCAGACGGGAGCGGGCGGCCGGCCGCACCUGCCAGCGACACGCGCGCGUACUAACGCGACUCGAAACUGUUUCGCACCGAGAAAAUUAAUCCGAAAUUCCUAUUGGAAUACGCCGCGACUGUUUUUGUUGAUUUUACUCAUGUGAUAAAUGAACUGUGAGCGGAAUUUGUUGUUUUAAAAACUGGACUUGAAAAUUUAUGUUUGUGAUAAAUAUAAUUCAACGGCUUAAAUCUAAUAUCUUUGAUAGAUUGAUAAGGUGUGACCAAACACUAAGUUGAAUCGCAAGAUCGCCACUACGCUUGCUGAUUAGAUUGAGUACUGAGACGGUCUUUCAAGUGUUGAUAAGAACAUCGUAUGUGAUCAGGAAUUUUGAUACACAUUCGGACUGGCCCGUCACAUUGAAACAUGAAGAGGAAAAAGUAAUAGUCAGCGGCCAAGUCUAUGAACAUAAUCAUGAAAAAGUUAAGAAGAUGACUAAGAGCCUCUUUGAUAUUUUGGACAAUCGGACAUUAUCAUUGAGUUUAGUGACAUUUCACAUUAAAUUAUCAGAGACGGUGGAUAUUGUUGGACGAUAAGCCGCCGGACCGACGGCGGUACGUGUGAAGUGAACUUACGAAUAUAGAUAUCAAGAUAUUUAGAUAAACAAUUUUAUUGGCAAAAAGAACAUUUGAAGGUCUGAAAAUAGGUGACCAAAUCAAGAUGAGAAUCAAGAUGCCAGCUGUACGCAUCGCGCAAGCGGAUGCGGACAGCCCGGCGGAGGGUGGCGGCUCCCCGACCCCCGGGGUCCCCGCGGACACCCUCACCUGCGGCGCCUGCCGUCGGGCCUUCGCCCUCGCCGACAUCGUCAGGUUCAUCCAGCACAAGAUCUCCAGCUGUGACAAGGACCUCACCUCGUAUCAUUGCUAUAGUGCUGGCCCCAACUCCGACCCUGAAGACGGUUCGCGGCCCGGCCAGGUGACCAACUCCAACAGUCGGAGGCCGUCUCUUCUGACUGCCAGGAGACCCCCGAGCAGUCGCGUCCACACGCCGCCGCUCGCCAGCCCCUCCAUAGCGCCGCCUGACCUCAUCGAGGAUGGUGGCGCUUCCAGCACGCCGAAACGGCUUUUGGAUGAAGCCGACGCCGACGCAUCCACACCUAAACGAAGAGCAUCGACGUCCCCACUACCCUCCAGUUCUCCGGACGAGGACAUCAAGCCCAAGAUAAAACAAGAACGAAUGGACGUCUCCGGCUCGCCCGAAGACCAAAAGAAGUCCAGGACUGAAAUGGCUGAUGCUGAGUCCAAUACAAUGCAAAGUGAGCCGAGUAACUACGUGUGCUCGACGUGCAAGGCGCGCGUGCACUCGGCGUGGCGGCUGCUGCAGCACGUGCAGCACGUGCACGGCGUCAAGAUCUACCAGGAGGGCGCGGCGCCGGCCAGCAAGCAGAACCACUCCUCGUCCAGCACCUCCUCCAGCAGCUCGGGCUGCUCGUCCGCCGGCGCGCCGCUGCCGCCCUCGCUGCGCCACCACCCGCUGCUGCCGCCCCCGGACAUGCAUUCCCCCUUCGGAGUCGGCGGUCUGCUAAGAAUGCCGCUCCCCGGCAGUCUUCCCCCACUCGCUCACCCAACUGUUCCAUCUGCGCCGUUGUUUGCGCGUCCCAACCACCACGACCAUCGCUUUCGGAUGGAGCAACUGGUUUCAGAGCAAUUUCGACACCAUGGGCUAAACCUGGCGGCCGCUGCGGCGGCGGUGGCGGCGAACUCGCUGCCGCAACACCAGCCGUUCCCAUCUCCGGCAGACAGAGCUCCGACAAUCCCGACGUCAGUCUCGGGUCGAGACAGGGCACCGCCGGUGUCACAACCCCUCUCUCUAGAACCCCAGCUGGAUUUUUACUCGCAGCGCUUGCGGCAACUGGCAGGUACAACCAGUCCAGGGGCGGCCACAGGCAAUUCCAGCUCUCCUAGCCCCAGGAAGCAUUCCCCGCCGUUCGCUUCCCCGUCGCCCUCCCGAGUCGGCCAGACUCCGCCGGGCGCCGGCCCCGGGACGGCGGACCCGGGCCGCGAGCCCGCGCGCCCGCCCAGCGCCUCGCCGCCCGCGCGCCGCGCUGAGCCCGCACCCGACGCGCCGCGCCCCGACCGACCCACUUCCACUCCGCCGAGUAAACGCAAUGAUGAGGCUGUACAUUCCUGUGAAUUUUGCGGAAAGAAAUUCCGCUUUGAAAACAACUUGAUUGUUCACCGUCGCUCCCACACCGGCGAGAAGCCUUUCAAAUGCUCCGAAUGCAACGAGGCAUUUGAAAGGGCAUCCAAAUUAAAAAGACACAUGAAAGUACAUCGGCCGGCUGAAGCUAAUGGUGAUGAUGGUGAAUCAGCCGGAGAUAGUCCGGACGAUGAAUCUGAGGAUGAUAUGGAGGAUGAGGAGUUGGACGGUGAAGAGGAAGAUGAAAAUGAUGAGGGGGAUGAUGUUGAAGAGGCCGAGGAUCUCACGGUCUCCAACAGCAGCGCACCCUCAGCACCUCCGCGCAAGCAAGCGCCCACCAUACCAGCUCACCCUCCGACCGCCUCACUAGUUGGAGAGCUAAUGGAUAAAUUUGGUCUCUCUAACAUUGCACAAUACAGUGAAGCCUACAAACAAGCCCUGCAAGAGUCUGGAAACUCAUUGAAGUGGCAGCUGGCCAAGGACCGAGACAACAACAAUGCCCCUCUCAAUGAGAAGCCGAAUGGUCUUCCUCCCACCGCUGCUUUACGAUUAAAAGAGGAGUUUGCCAAACUGCCCCCACAGCCGCAUCCGCUGUUCAACCCUUUCGAAAACCCUUUUGAGGCGUCUAAGCGCAUGAAGCUGGACAUGGAGCGCGGGGAGGGGUGGUGGCUGCCGACGCUGCACGCGCAGAGGCCACCAGAGAACAUCUUCGAUGGCCUCAAGAACAGCGCAAACGGGCUGCUCCAGAACCCGAUGCUAAAGACAAAAGAGAGUCGCAGAAACGACACGUGCGAAUACUGCGGGAAAGUGUUCAAGAAUUGCUCAAACCUGACGGUCCACCGGCGGUCGCACACGGGCGAGAAGCCAUACAAGUGCGAGUUGUGUUCCUACGCGUGCGCGCAGAGCUCCAAGCUGACGCGGCACAUGAAGACGCACGGCCGGCUCGGCAAGGACGUGUACCGGUGUCGCUUCUGCGAGAUGCCCUUCUCCGUGCCCUCGACCCUGGAGAAGCACAUGCGCAAGUGCGUGGUGAACCAGGGCAACGGGCAGCUGGCGCUGUCCGACGACUCCAACGCGUGUCGCGACGAGGCCUCGUGACUCUACCCGUGGGGCGGCCUCCGCCUGCCGCCGCCCGCGCCCCCCAGCCAGAUCUUCUAAGCGGCAGGCAGUUGCCCCGCGACCGAAGCUCAGACAGAGCUCAACAGAAUCCAAUUUCUAGUCGUAAGAACUGACGUCGGCGAAAUUGUACCAAUUGCAAUACUAGCCCAAAUGUGUGCAUCGAAGGGCAUUAGUUUUAUUGAUAUCUACGUAAGCGACAUAUCUAAAGUGUGUCAAGACCCAGUUGAAAGUUUCCGUUGAGUUGUUAAUGUUUCGAAUUGAGUAAUACUUUUGUUAAUACGUCUUUUUUAUUAGUUUCGGUUGUGUAUGGUUAUCUUGAAUAGUGAAAUUUUUCGAUCCUUGUUUUGACAUGUUUUAUUUAUAGAGAAAUUGUGGAAACCAAUGCCAAAGUUAGCUAUGUUGAAUAAGUGUAUGAUUUAGUUUUAAGUCUGUAUAGUGUCAAUUAAAAUAGUAAUUCCCAGUAUUUUCAUAGGAUCUUCAAUAUAGUUCGGUGUAAUAUGUGUUUGGCUCAUGCGGCUUAUUUAAGGGUAAAUGUACAAUAUUAAGAGAUGUUUCCUAUCUUAGAUAAAACUUGUGUAAAUAGUGAAUGUAAGUGUAUUGUGUAAAUUGAGUACCUAUUGAUGUUCAUAUUUAUAAACCACGUAAAAUUUUGCAAAUAAAAAAUGCGAGUUCGGAAAAUCGGUGAGUUUCCUGUAAUCGGUAAAUUUAGGUAUCUUAGAGAACAAAAUUGAGAUCGAUUUAAGGGUAGUUGUUAUACGUAUCGAUUUAAUUAGUAUUUAAAUUAAAUUAAAUAUUUUUGUCGGACUUCAUGUCUUGAACUGCUUUUUGUUUUUACGUAAACAUGAGCUGGUUAUUUUAUUAAGACUGAAAAUAUUCGAGUUUUGUUUUUCUGAUGUCUUCGUGAAUUUUGAUCGCACCUACCUACUAUUUAUUUAUGUACUACUAAAUUUAGUCCAAAUGUGAAAUCAUUCAGUAUACGUACUUAAUGUAAAUUUGAAUAGAAUUUAUAAAUUUUAAUUGUAAGUAAAUUAUAAUAGAAACAUUUUGUCUCCCUAUCGAUCUCCUAGAUAUAACUUAUUUUCGGAAACCGUUAUAUAUAGGUCUCUUCACAUGGUGUAUUUGAUGCUUUCCUUUUGAUAAAUAGGAGAUACCUGCAAUAUGCCAUGUGGACAAGACCUAGAUAUCGUUUAUUUUCUAUCUCCUGGAUGUACCGCAAAAGUUAAUAUUUUUCGUGUCGCAUCAUUAUGGAUCGAUAAUAUCUACUUCUUGCAGGUUGUGUGGUUUGACGCGACUCACUGUUAUGUUAAAUCCAUGUGACUUAUUUUUAAUUAGUAGGUUACUCCAAUAAACUUAGGUAAAAACUAGCAAUCCAUUAAGUUUAAUCUGGCCAGUAAUGUCAAAUCAAAUUGUUAGUGAAUAUUAUACCGUAAAAUAAAAGACGAUGUAAGGAGACAAAAUAGCCUACAAAAAAGUAAGACAAAUUUUAUUGUGUAACGUGAAAGAAGAACUGUUUUUAUUAUUUUCAUUUUUAUUAUUUUUAUUUCAAUAAAUAUCCACGAUUUGUUAAUCAGA